UAUUUACUGGAAGGAACCAGAAAAGGGAUCCAAGAGACAUUUCAUUGCUAUUUAAAUUAAUAUUUGUUUUUAUAAGCUGAAUAACUGUACAAAUGGCUGAUGAUGAAGAUGAUUACAUGUCUGACGCGUUCCUCAACCAAAUCUCAGAUGUUCGUCCUGGUGUCCCGAUGGUCAAGCGUGUGAAGGACGCCAUGAAGAAAGAGGCUUUACAUAAAGAAAAAAAUAUUCAAAACCGACAGAAGAGCUUCAAAGAGCAGGAGCAGGAGAGUCGAGAAGCCGCACUGCAGAGCUCCAUAAGCAGCCAAAAUAAAGGCUUCGCUCUGCUGCAGAAGAUGGGAUACAAGGCAGGACAGGGCCUGGGCAAAGAGGGUGCUGGACGGGUCGAGCCGGUUCCUCUCAACAUCAAAACAGACAGAGGCGGGAUUGGGAUGGAAGAAGUCAAGAAGAGAAAAGCAGACGAGGAGCUUCAGAAUUACCGGAGAAAAGUCCACAUGAAACAACAUUUGGAGAAGAAAUCAAUUGAGGAUUUCAGGGUGCGUAAGAGAACAGAAAGAGAAGAGCGUCAAACACAGGGUGACCUGAGGAAGAGCCAGCGCGCAUGUGAACAACUGGACAACCAGAAGGGGAUCACAGUUCCCAGAGACUGCUGGUACUGGCCUGAAGUGGAGAAAAAUGAAGAAUCUGAGCUUCUGGAGGAGGAAAUAAAAACUGAGGACAGCGAUGAAGAAGAGGAGUUGACUCCUUUAGAUAAGCUGCAGUUUCUCACCUCAUAUCUUCGGGGAGUUCAUUAUUACUGCAUCUGGUGCGGGACGGCAUAUAAUGAUGAAGAGGAUUUGGGCACGAAUUGUCCUGGAGACACGGCAGCGGAUCAUGAUGAUUAAAACUAAACAAAUGCUUCUUUUUAGGUUUCUUUCAUAGCUGUGUUUAAUAUUUAUGUUUCAUUAAAUAUUGCAUUAAUAUUUUGUUUAAAA